AUGGCUGAAGUUGACAAAUGUACAAAUCUGAAUGUCUAUAUCAGUUCAAAGCAAGGCAAACCACAAGCAGUACUGAAAUCGCUAGCUGAUCAAUCGACCCAACAGCUACCAGCAGUGCCUGUGAGGGGUGGAGUGUACAGUGUUAAGUACACCCCUAGGGUACGUGGUCAACACCACCUCCUCAUCUCAGUGGACGACCAGCCCAUCCCAGGAAGCCCCUUCUCUGUGUUCAUUAAAAUACCCCCCACCAAGCUGGACAAACCAGUGAGGGUGAUAAGAGGAAUCAACAAACCUCGAUAUAUGGCAUUCAACUCACCAGAAGAACUGAUUGUAACUGAGUAUGAGGGUCAUGUUUUGGUGUUUGACAAGAAAGGAAAACAAAUUCGAAGCAUCAGCAAAUCAAAGCAUGGGUUUGGCGAUAUCUCUGGUGUGGCAGUAGACAAGGAGGACAACAUCUAUGUCUGUGAUAGCGGCAAAAACUGUGUGUACAAGCUCAACAAAAGAGGAGAUCUGCUAAAGAGGUUUGGGACGAAGGGAAGUGGUCCAAAGGAACUCAACUGGCCUCGAGGGAUAGCAGUCGCUGGUGAUCAAGUGUUUGUGUGCGAUCAGAACAAUUACCGAGUCCAAGUGUUGACGACAGAGCUGGAGCCAGUCAAGCAGAUUGGUUCAUUCGGAUUUGGUAAUGGACAUUUUAACCAACCAGAGGAUGUUGCAGUGGACAAUGAACAAAUGAUGUAUGUCACUGACUGUAGUAAUCAUCGUGUUCAAGUGCUCACUAUGGAUGGUCGGUUUAUUCACUCGAUUGGAAAGAAAGGAAGUGGACAAGGAGAUCUGUCUGGCCCUCGUGGUGUGUGUGUCACUGGUUUUGUUUAUGUUGCUGAGAAUACUAACAAGCGUGUGUCAGUGUUCACUAAAGAUGGUCAGUUUGUCACAUCAUUUGGUAAUGGUCAUAUCAUUUCUCCUUUUGGAGUAGCUGUGGACAGUGAUGGUUUUGUUUAUGUGUGCAGUCACGGAUCUGUUGUUAUAUUUUAG